UGUUGUCAUUUCUCUUCCUGCUAACCAAAUAAGGAAAUGACGUGGUGCAUGUGUAAAGAUGGUCCCAAAUCGAAAACAGAAACGCUGACACCGGGACCGGGUUUGUGAGAGGUUGAGGAGGUUGUGGGGCCUGUGGUUGACUCAAGACGAGGAUGGGUGACAUAGCAGAAGAUGAGGUGGCCUUCUACUCCAAUGCAGAAGACUACUGGAAGGAGAUUCCCCCCACAGUGGAUGGCAUGCUGGGAGGCUAUGGCAGCAUCUCCAGCAUUGACAUCAAUGGAUCCAAGGCUUUCCUGCAGAAGUUCCUUGGUGAAGGAGAAGGGAAGACAGGCACGAGCUGUGCUCUGGACUGUGGAGCGGGCAUCGGGAGGAUCACCAAACGUUUGCUGCUGCCUCUGUUCAACACCGUGGACCUGGUGGAUGUGACGCAGGAGUUCCUGGACAAAGCCAAGACGUACCUGGGAGAGGACAGCAAGAGAGUGGGCAACUACUUCUGCGGGGGCCUGCAGGACUUUGAACCAGAGAGUGGUCGCUAUGAUGUCAUCUGGAUCCAGUGGGUAAUUGGCCACCUGACAGACAACCACCUGGUGGACUUCCUGCGACGCUGCAAGAAAGCCCUGCGGCCCAACGGCCUUGUUGUGAUCAAGGACAAUGUGUCAUAUGAAGGAGUGGUCCCCGAUGAGGUGGACAGCAGCGUCUGCCGUGACCUGGAAAUAGUUCACAGUCUGGUGGGCAGAGCGGGCCUCCGCAUUGUCCACGAGGAGCAACAAAUGAACUUCCCAAAGGAGAUCUACCAAGUCCACACACUGGCCCUCAGAUAGAGAGCUGCUCCCUCCUCCGUGGGACAGGACAAAAGGGGCGGCUUUUUUAUGCAAAGUAUUUCUAACGUAGAAAUGUUUUUUCUAGUCAGCAAUGCAUUUGUAACGUGUUUGGAAAUGAUCUGCAGUGUGAUGUGUUUGUGGAGUGUGUGUUCUGGGCUGCCAGGCUUUAAGGUACGGCCACGUCAUACUUCUGUCUCAUGACUCCCAUUCAAGAUGAACAAACUCUUGCACGGAUCUCCUCUGUCGGUUUGAUCUCCCGUGGGAUUUCAGGUCACGGAUCACCUUUGCUCAACUUUGGCUGUGUGGAUAUGCAAACUCUGGUGCUCUGUCUUUGGAAAUGAGAUCAUUAUUCUAAUGCUGUGUCAUCAUCACCGUACAAACUGCUUCAUCACUUUUACAGACUUUUAGCAUUUUGCACAAUAUUAAUAUAUAACUUACAUUGGAACUGAGUGCAGGGCAGUUUGACUGAACAGACUGAGGACUAAUGUGACCAACCAGUGUGCACUGCAGCAAAAACAUUUCCAAUAUUAGUUGGAGUUGUUUCUCAUGGACAUUUUUUGAUGUUUUACAGUUUAUGUGCAGGUCAUUUCUGAUCAGUGUGGUAACACAGACUGUAUUUUACAAAUUUUAAUUAUGUCCUGAUUCAAGUUUUCUAGGCCCCUAUCCAUCUUUUAAUACUGAAUAUCUGGUCAUACCGAGUCUGAGCCAAUUCUUAUAUUUACCUCAAUGUUGGUUAAAUGCGAAGCUUUGGACAGCUGAAGCCCAUUAAAUUCACGCCACCUUA